UUCCUCUCCUCCGUCGAUUCGUUCGCCGACGAGACGGCAGCUGAUGCUUCCGGCGCUCUCCGCCGUCCUCCGCCGCGCGCCCACUCCCUUCUCCCUUCUCCCUCUCCCUCUCGCUCCGCCUCCGCCUCCUACCCUUCUUCGCCGUCGUCCACUGCUUCUGCCGCGAGCCAUCUCCUCCUCUUCCUCGCCGCCGCCGGUCCAGGAGAUGGAGGCGGCUUACAAGUUCGGGCCGUACAAGAUCGACGCGAGGGAGGUGUUCCACUCCACCCCGCUCUCCUACGCCAUGGUCAACCUCCGCCCACUCCUCCCUGGUAAUGUUCUAGUGUGCCCCAAGCGUGAAGUGAAACGAUUUGCUGAUCUAAGUUCUAAUGAGACUAGUGACUUAUGGGUUACCGCAAAGGAAGUUGGUGUACGGCUUGAGCAGUACCACAAAGCGUCUUCACUUACAUUUGCUAUUCAGGAUGGUCCAGAAGCUGGUCAAACUGUUUCACAUGUCCACAUCCAUGUCAUCCCUAGAAAGAAAGGAGAUUUUGAGAAAAAUGAUGAGAUAUAUGAUGCGAUUGAUGUCAAAGAGAGGGAAUUGAAGGAGAAACUUGAUCUGGACAUAGAGAGAAAAGAUAGAACCAUGGAAGAAAUGGCUCAUGAGGCCAAUGAGUACCGUGCUCUCUUCUCUUAGAUGUAUUUUUGCGAUAACUUUCUUGUAAACUGUCUCUAAAUUGCACUCUCUUCUCCAGAAAUUAUUUUUGUAACUGUUUGUCAUCCAUCAUGGGAAUUCAAGUCUUCGAAUAAUAUUAUGAAAUUAUCUAAUUUGGUGUGAUACUUGUUUGUUGUAAAAUGUGUUCUUACUUAUAAAUCUUUAUCUUUGGAACUAGUUAUGCCACCGUGUGGCAGUAGUUGUUUGUUGGAAAAUUUAUAUUUUUAUGACAGAUGUCCCUGUACCACAUGAAAUUACACAGCCAUAUAUUAUCAGUAGCUGGUUGGGUCAUACUAUGGUUUCACAAUCUACAAAUAGUAACAAAACCCAUCGUAUAACCUUUCAGUACCUAUUUGAAAGCCUGCUUAAAAGAAAGAAGGAUCAUUCUUUUGGUCUUUUGGAUCAAACAGAGUUGCAAUCCAUGCUAUCAACCCAUUGCAUUUAGUUUCAGCUGAAAAAUUGACUUUUCUUGAGAUUUCCGUUGCUCUUUAGUUAUUCAGACACAGUAUUUUGUUCCUUUGAUCAUGCUAGUUAGAAAGUUUGUUCUCUUAUGCUUAUGCAGAUUGCUGCGAUAAAUUCUGUUUUUGGCAUGUUUUGUUGUGAGAAAAGCCAGAAAUUCGACAAGGCAUAGUAGCUGAAAGUUUGUUAGACAGGAUGGAUCAUGACUCAACUUUCUAUCUAGCUCUUUGUGCCGACUCAAAGUUUUUAUUCCUUCUGCCGACUGUCCAUGAAAUCUACCAUUACUGUUAGUCUAUGCAUCUAGCCAACAUUCGAAAAGUUAACCUGACUCAUUAAUACAAUAAUUCUGGCAAUUUGUGGCCAAUGGCUGUAAUCCUGGCUAAACUUUAUAUCAUUCUGGCGCACUUUUCUGAUAAGAUCAUGAAAACUUUAAUGAUCUGAUUGAACCAUGAAAAUACUACUUUAAUUUUGUAUCAUUGUGUAGUGUAGUCUUUAUGUUUCUGAAAAACAUGAACCAUGGUUUUUACCCUUUUUGCUGCUUGUUUUUGCCUCCUGUGAACUUUUCUUUGGUUAAGGGACUGUUCCAUCAAUCCCAUUUAAUCUAAUGUUAUUAGAACAUAAGAGGCUCUGAUUUUGAUUAGUCUCCAUUGUUAACUCUUGUGCUUGCUUUACGCAUAUACAUUCUGGAAGAUAGCUCAAAUAACUGGUUAGAUCUUAAUCUCUUUUUGCUGAUUUUUUUUCUGGGACUUGAGCACUUUUGGUCAUUUUCAUCUUUGCAUCAUGCUUGCUAUCAAGAGGGCCAUUGAGAUGAUAAGAUGCACUGAACAGAAUUAUUGAUUAUGCAUAUAUGCCAUAAGUUGCAAUUUUGAUACGCCUGUAGCUACCUUUGACAAGUGGUAAAGAACAAUUUGAUUGGCAAUUUGGCUGGUUGUGUUCUGAAGUGGGAUGUGACUGUUGCACCAGACCUGAGGAUUUGGUAACGGUAAGCUAUCUGGAGCCCCUCACUUGUUGGCUGGGAUUGUUGCCGGUGUACUAGGUAAUCAACACCAAGUAAGCUUCUGUCGUAGUCGUGUGACCUGGUUUGCUUGGCUUGCAUACCAACCACUGGUUGUCUCUGCUGCUUAGAGGCUAUUGUUGUGUUGAGUACGUUGUUGCAAAUAUUCGCUGGAAUAUAUACUCCUAGGUAGUAUGCAUGCUUCAUCUCCAUCAGCAGGAGAUUCUCAUCUGCAAAUGCAAAAGUAGUUCUUUCGGCAAAAAAUAUAGUGCCUCAGGUAUCCACUCAGAAUAGCAAGUGCUUGUCGUUCUCUUGCUAGAAAUGUGCACUCUGAGGUCACAUACUCACAUUAUGUACUCUUUAUAAAGCCUGAACUUUUCGCAAAUUUUCUUCAUGUGAAAUAGUUGCAAAUACACAAAAUUUAGCACAACCUUAGUUACAUCUCAGCUGCAAUAUAUAAAAUUUACAGCAAACUACUACUACUGCGGUUUAGAUGGUAUUUUUCCUUGGAUUUGAUGAUUUCUCCACUAUGAACUACUGAAUUUCCAGAUGAUGAACACGCCAUUGGUGUGUAGGGCCUCCGGCAGAUACGGUCCAUGACAACGACCAUAGCCAUGACGACCGCAACAUCGACGCCUGGCCUGACGACGAGGGUGAACACGUCGUCGCCGAGACUGACCGGUCUGGACAUCACGCCGGCGUUCUUCCUCGUGAUCCGCGCCGCCUCCUCGCCGUUGCUGCCGCGGAUCUUGCAGCUCCUCAUGGAGAAGCAGCCGUCGAUUCUGAAGCUGGGGCUGGGAGAAGCAUCAGGUUGGCUGUCACCACUUGUUCUUGUUGACAUGAAAACUUCUGCUUCAUCGUUGCUCUGCAGAGCUGAGCUCUUCCUCAUGGAGAAGACUUGCUGCUGUGACACUGAAGGAGAACUUGUGCUGUCCAAGCCUUCUUCCUCUUGUGCUCUGUAACAGUUCCAUCGAUUGUGCAGGCUGAGAAUCUGUCACAUUAGAGCAAUGAAGAUUAGUU